CCUUAUCCUUUCAUUGUUUUCCCCUACACUUUUUCCUUCUCCGCUCUCUCUCUCUCCCUCUCUCUCUGCGAUCCCACUUUUGUUCCUUUCCUAAGGUGCUUUUGAGCAAAGUUUCCUCUAAAACUCGUCUCUGUGUCUCUUACACAGAUCGCUCUGAACCCAAAUUUCUUCGUGAAUUUUUGUUUUCUUUGAUUCUUUUUUCCUCACUUCAAAUUCCCAGCAUUUCAUUUUCUCCACAUCUUCUCUCUAUCUGUAUAUUCAUUGCAUCUUUUUUUUCUCAACUACUUUUUUGACUAAUGUAUCAAGAAACUAGGGUUUCGAUUCGCAACAAUUAGUUGCAGAUUUAGGGUUUCCACUCUCCCAAUGAUGUAGAUUCUAGGGUUUUCUUUUUCGAUUCAUUGAUUUAUUGUUAAUUUUGCUUGGUUGGUCAAGAUUGUAGAAGGCAGAAGAUACAUGACACGUUGAUAGACUAAACGUAUAAUAUUUUGGGUUUUUUUUGUUUGGAUGUAAUUGUUGAUUUAUAAUUUGGGGACUGGAAACAAACAUUUGGAUUUUUUUGAAUGGUGGUUUUGAUGGAUCUGAGAGUUAUCUGGAGAUUUUAGUGUUGGGCAACUGAUUGAGGAAAAGCUUGGGUAUUGUGUGGUUUUGGAUGGUGAAUUGGAUUGAAGUUGAAAACUAGAAAGAGGUUGGAUUAUUGGGUUCUUAAAAGGGGGUGAUUUGAAUUGGGGAUCAAAUCAUGGAUCAUGUGAUUGGUGGAAAGUUCAAGCUUGGGCGGAAGAUUGGGAGCGGAUCAUUCGGCGAGCUGUAUUUGGGAGUAAAUGUACAAACUGGAGAGGAAGUAGCUGUGAAGAUGGAAUCAGUAAAGACUAAACACCCUCAGCUUCACUAUGAAUCAAAAUUAUACAUGCUUCUUCAGGGUGGAACUGGUAUUCCUCACCUCAAAUGGUUUGGAGUUGAAGGCGAAUACAACGCAAUGGUUAUUGACCUUCUUGGACCAAGCCUAGAAGACUUGUUCAAUUAUUGUAAUCGGAAAUUCACUUUAAAAACAGUUUUAAUGCUUGCGGAUCAGUUAAUUAAUAGAGUUGAAUAUAUGCACUCUAGAGGUUUUCUUCAUCGUGACAUAAAGCCCGACAACUUUCUAAUGGGUUUAGGGCGCAAAGCAAAUCAGGUAUACGUCAUUGACUAUGGCCUUGCAAAAAAGUAUAGAGAUCUUCAAACACACAAACACAUACCAUACAGAGAAAACAAAAAUCUCACAGGCACAGCUCGUUAUGCAAGCGUUAACACUCACCUUGGAGUUGAGCAAAGCAGAAGGGAUGAUCUGGAAUCUCUUGGUUACGUGCUUAUGUAUUUUCUGCGGGGAAGCCUUCCUUGGCAAGGUUUGAAAGCUGGCACUAAAAAGCAAAAGUAUGACAAAAUUAGUGAAAAGAAGAUGCUUACUCCCAUUGAGGUGCUUUGCAAAUCCCAUCCAUCAGAAUUCAUAUCAUACUUCCAUUAUUGUCGAUCAUUGCGAUUUGAUGAUAAACCAGAUUAUUCAUACCUGAAGAGGCUUUUUCGUGACCUGUUUAUUCGUGAAGGUUAUCAGUUUGACUACGUAUUUGACUGGACUAUUUUGAAGUAUCCACAGAUUGGUUCCAGUUCUAGAGCACGGCAGCCUGCUGGGAAAUUGCCUUUGAACCCAGGACCAUCUGCUGAAAGGACUCCGGUGAGGCAAGAGACUCGAGAUAGAUUCUCAGGUACAGUGGAGGCAUUUGCUAGAAGGAAUGGUACUGUUGGAGUUUUGCAUGGUGAACAAUCCAGGCACCGACAAAGAUCGUCUUCGGAGAAUGUACCAUCAUCAAAGGAUGUGCAACCUGACUCUGAAAGAGGUCGCACUUCUCGAAACGGAAGUAGCUCAAGAAGGGUUGUCGUAUCAGGCAGCCGACCAAGCUCAUCUGGUGAAGCCAGUGAGAAUCGACCAAGCCGGUUGGGUUCGGGCAGUGGUCGCCUGUCUACAACACAGAGGAUCCAACCUGGUUUCGAGUCUAAAUCAUCAUCUUUCAUUCGUGCUCCAGUCACAAGAGGCAGCCGUGAUGAUCCUCUUCGGAGCUUUGAGCUGCUAACUAUUGGCACAGGAAAGCGGAAAUGAAGCAGAGACUCAAAAACUAUUAAUAAGAAAUCUGUAUUCUCAAGGGCUUGAUUUGUAUAUGUAGCCGAUGUGAAGAUCAGCUCUAUUAGUAAGUUGUUACACAUCGAUUCACAGAUUAAGCUCAAAUUUAAAUUUCGUCUAGAAUGAUUUGGGUAAGUUUGUCUUCAUCACUGAUUCUUGCCAUUUUUAUAUUUCUUGUAAACUCAUCAAACAAAAGAGAGGGAGUGCUUAUCUCCAGUUUUUAGGGAAAUGUUUAUAUUUUUGAGACUGGGUAGUUGUAAUAAGCACUUUGGUGUGUGUUGUAUUUUGAGAAACUUUGCUUCAAGACCUAUAGCAGAGCAUCUACUCUGCUUUCCCUUUGUGUAAUACUUUACCUGGGCCUUGUGUUUAUAAUGGGAGCUUUUUAGAGCA